ACCUAUAAACCCACAUUAUAUUAAAAUGAAUUAAAUCAACAUUUAUUUUUAUUUACAUUAAUCAAUUCCCAGCGCUUGAAUGCAAAACAAAUAAGCAGCCAGAACACGCAGAAUGUGUAUUAUCGAACCGGACGCUGCGCGCAUGCGCGAUUCGUCGCACGCAAUCGGCGUCACUUUUCCCAAGUAGGAAGUGCGGGCUGUGAGUGAGUUGGAGCCUUCGUUUUGUUUUUUCCCCCGUUUCCAAUUAAAAGCAUCGAUGAUUGAUGUAGUAAAAUGAAAGCUCGGCCGCCUCGCGCAUGGACAACCUUAUUGCACUGCAUCCUGAUCUCAGGGCUGAUCGUGGAGGCCAUCGAGCCCGUGUCCACCUCACUGCUGGUCGGGACAGGAGCUGCUUAUCUGGGCAGAAAACUCUAUCGCUAUGUGUAUGAAACCUGUCAUGAGAACUGGGUCAACUUUAAUGCAACAGGUCUGAAGUAUGACCUCGACACCAAGCUGUACGGUCAGCACGUUGCUGCUCAGGUCAUCCUGAAAGCCGUCACGGGCUUCAUGAAAAAUGAAAACCCAAAGAAACCGCUGGUUCUGUCCCUCCAUGGCUGGACCGGGACUGGGAAGAACUUCGUGAGUCAGCUCAUAGCUGAAAAUAUAUACGUGAAAGGAAUGUCGAGCAGUUUUGUUCAUCUGUUUACAGCAACGGCACACUUUCCUCACGAGAUUCACAUUGACACAUACAAGUCCCAGUUACAGGAGUGGGUGAGGGGGAAUGUUUCCAACUGCCCACGUUCCAUGUUCAUCUUUGAUGAAAUGGAUAAAAUGCAUCCGGGGCUGAUCGACAGUAUAAAACCUUACCUGGACUUCUAUGACAAUCUGAACGGAGUGUCGUACAGACAGGCCAUCUUCAUUUUCCUCAGUAAUGCCGGCGGCGAGAACAUCGUUCAGGUCGCUCUGGAUUUCUGGAAGGACGGCAGAGAACGAGAGGAGAUCCAGCUGAAGGAUCUAGAGACGGCACUGUCACUGUCCGUCUUCAACAACAAAAACAGUGGGUUCUGGCAUACUAGUUUAAUCGAUAAGAACCUGGUGGAUUUCUUCGUGCCGUUCCUUCCUCUGGAGUACAAGCACAUCAUUCAAUGCGGUUUGGCCGAGAUGGUCACCAAGGGUCAUGCCCCAGAUAAAGAAGUGGUUGAAGAGAUGGCCCGCGAACUGAACUACUUCCCUAAAGAGGAGCGCGUCUUCUCCAUGCAGGGCUGCAAGGUCAUCCCCAGCAGGCUGGACUUCUAUGUUUGAACGAGAGGGAACAAAGAGACUCAAAAACAGCAAACUGGUUAUCGUCUGUGUGCUUUUUUCACAGAAAUCCCUUCUGUUCUUCUGCGAGAGAAAGAACUGGAGCAGAAUUGCUCCUCAGACAUUACAUGAUGCCAUGCUCUCUCUAAAGAGGGAUGUUUUUUAUUCAGUCACAAGUGUUUUAUACACUAAUGGACUUUUAUUGUUGUCGGAGCAGCUGCUUUAAGUCCUUGUUUUCAAGGGCGUUUCUGUUGAAAUGAAGUAGCAGAGGAACUUUUUUAAAAGACUUUGCACAUUGUGGAGCUACAAAAAAAGAAAACACUGGCUGUCGGCGAUUUUAUGUGUUGAUCUGUAUUAAUUGUUAUCAUGAGAGAAAAAAAUUGCCUUUAUCUUGAAAUAUCACACACGUUUAUUAAUGCCAUUUUAUAAUAUAAACAAUGGGUUGAAAUGUUUGGGAUGAAGACGAUCUUUAGCUAGGAGAUAUGUGUAGCUUAACCCAAAUCUCAUUUUGGCCUUUGAAACUUAAUGAUCAUUUGCUUUUCCAAUUUGUCAUUGUCAGGAUUCAGAUUUGUGUUGUCGAUUUUAACUUGCAAUGUCACAAAGUCUCUAAUGCCAUUGGUUCUGAUUGAAGGUUUUGUUGAGUAAAUCACAGUGCCUGUUUAUUUUACAAGAAUACAGUUAUUAUUAUUAUUUUAUCUAUUAUAGGCACUGGUCAUUAUUUGAUUAUCUGGUUUGAACAUAAUUUGACUAUGAAAUUUAUUUUUGAGAUGCACCAAGAUAAAAUAGGGAAAAAUACUUGAAAGAUUCAAUCUACAUAUUGAUUUUGAUAAAGCUUUAUGACCCAAACUUA